AUUACAGAAGUUUGUGGAGCUAAGCGCGUGGGUUAUUUUGGCCCUGCUCAAUUUUACAUUGCUCUGAAGUUAAUUGCGGCAGCACAGUCAGGGUUCCCAGUACGGAUCGAGAGCAUUAAGAAUGAAUUGCCUCUGCCGCGAUUUAUGGCGCUGAAAAAUGACAGUGAAGUACGUUACGGGACUCCAGCAGAACUCCAUGGAGUUAAAUUUCAGGUUCCACAUGCAACUUUGGAAAAAAAUUCCUACAAAAGAACAGAUGAAGGGGACAAACAGGAACCCAAGUCUCCUCCCUUGUCUCCAAUCUGCUCACCUCCUGCUUCUCCAUCUACUUACCAGAGAAUACCCCUGAGUUAUGGAUAUGGUAAAGCAAGAAGUGGACUGGAGCAGCAACAUGGAGCUCCUUAUGAAGUCAGACACUGUACUCACCAGCAAGAUGGGCCAUCAUCAGGGAAUUACGGAGCCAAAUCUGCACUCAGCUGUUCAACUCCUAAUCGGUCUCUUUCAGUGGAGCGGGAGCAGCAGGACAGCAGCACCCACUACUCAGAUGACCCUUGGAGGAUAACAGAGGAGCAGCGAGAUUACUACAUUAACCAGUUCAGGUCUCUGCAGCCCGACCUGAAUGCCUUCAUUUCAGGUUCUGUAGCAAAGAACUUCUUCACAAAAUCAAAGCUGCCCAUCCCAGAACUUUCUCACAUCUGGGAGCUGAGCGACGUGGAUUGCGAUGGGGCGCUGACACUCCCAGAGUUUUGUGCUGCUUUCCACCUUGUGGUUGCAAGGAAGAAUGGUUACCAGCUGCCUGAGACACUGCCAGAGACACUGCUGCCCGAGUACCUUCAAGCAGCUUCUUUGAAGCCCAUGCGUGACUGCACACUGUUUGAUUCUUACUCGGAGCCGUUGCCAGGCAGUCAGCAGACUCGGGACUUGGGUCGGACAGAGAAACCAUCAGCUGAAGAGGUACCUGAUAACUCUGCCCUGUUACAAGAUGGAAAGAAAGAUGACAAACAAGCUCUUAAAGUAAGCACUACUCUCAAAACUAUACCAAAGGAAUUUCAGCACUUGACUGUGAAAACAGCUGCUCAGGAAUCUCAUGCACUUAAAGCCAGGCCACGAUCCAGGUCUUAUUCUAGCACAUCAAUAGAAGAUGCCAUGAAAAAGGGAGAAGAACCCCCUACGCCACCUCCAAGGCCACAGAAAUCACAUUCCAGAGCUUCCUCUUUGGAUCUGAACAAAAUAUUUCAGCAAAAC